UACCAGCCUAUACAUAUAUGCACACACACAUAUAUGUUAUAUGUGCCGUCUUUUUGCCCGAAACCGCAUUACGACGUCUGUUCUCAGAGGCUGAAGACAAAUCCAUCAAAGACGAAGAUCCCCAAAUCCUUCUGCAGCUUUCAUGGUUUCUCCAAACCCAAACCCUGGAGGCGACUUCUAUUUGGAUCCCACAGGUAUGACCUCGUCCAGCCUCGGCCCUUCCCCCGCCGCCGCAACCACCACCACCUCCUCCGCCGUGGCGGCGGGUGAGACGGCGACGGAGGAUCCCAGCAAGAAAGUGAGGAAGCCCUACACCAUCACCAAGUCCCGAGAGAGCUGGACCGAGCCCGAGCACGACAAAUUCCUCGAAGCUCUUCAGUUGUUUGAUAGAGACUGGAAGAAGAUUGAAGCGUUUAUUGGGUCAAAGACAGUGAUACAGAUCAGAAGUCAUGCUCAGAAAUACUUUCUUAAGGUACAAAAGAGUGGAACGGGUGAACAUCUCCCUCCCCCUCGUCCUAAGAGGAAAGCUUCUCAUCCAUACCCACAGAAGGCUCCCAAAAAUGCACAACCCCAGGCCUCAGGGUCCUUAAAAUCAACACCUGGUCCCAGUGAACCGGGUUUUAUGUUUAGGCCUGAGUCUUCUCCAAUGCUGAUGAAUUCCGAAAAUUCUGCUGAUGUUGCCCCUUCAUGGACAAAUAACAACGUACAAACGAUUAGCUUUUCACCUGUCGCGAAAGGAUCAGUAGCGACUAACAACUGUUCUAGCAGCUCCAAAAAUACUCCAAGAACGCUAACUAACAAGGACACAAAUGACCAAGGCUACCACGCCCAUUCAUUAAGAGUUUUACCAGACUUUGCCCAAGUGUACAACUUCAUCGGCAGUGUGUUCGACCCAUAUGCCACCGAGCAUCUGCAGAAGCUGAAAGAGAUGGAUCCCAUAGAUGUGGAAACAGUGCUGUUGCUAAUGAGAAAUCUAUCCAUUAAUCUCGCUAGCCCAGAUUUCGAGGAUCAUAGACAGCUGCUUUCUUGCCAUGACAUUAGCUCCGAGACAGCUGAUCAUGUGGGUGGAACAAGUAAAACCUUAAACAAGGGAAAACCAGAGAUUUCAACUUGAUUUUGCAGGAAUCGAUCGGUACCUUCUUGUUUGGGUUUUUUGAAAACUGUGCAGUCUCUUGGGGUCAAAUCAGAGAAGUUUUGUUUUCAGUGAGACCGAAGGGAUUAAAGCUUAGAAAAGGGUCUUGUUGCUGCAUAGCUGAGAAUGAUUCCUGGCCAUGUAAACACUGUGGUUGUGAUUGCGAUUAAAGUGUGGAGAUUGCAAGAGUUGUUCCUCGGCAUAUGAAAUGAUGGACAAUGAAUCUCUGUCUUGUUUCUGGGUUUUUGUUUCUGUCUCCUCCUAAGGUGAAUUGUCGGUUCUUGAUGCUGAAGAGUCCAAGGAUUUGAUCAAGACAAUAGGGUUUAGGAACUGAAUGGAGGAUUAGAGAGAGAUCUUCCAAUGCAUCUUGUGGGGUUGGGCACUUCCCAUGUAAUCCUUGCUUGUCGAGAUUGGGAAUCCAAGUUUCGUAUGUCCAGGAGGUACGGCGUGGGCUAAAAGAUGCGAGGUGUCGGUGCGGGGGUUAAGGCGAGGAGGUCGGUGGAAAAAUCGUUGGUUAUGCCCUUGUGGAUCUUACUUAACUACUGCGUGUGCCACCCACCCAAACGAAUAUACUCUUUGGCCAAUUGGAGCACGACGCGUGGAAGAUCAUGCUUCACUACGGGAUGCCACGUGGUGGGAGAUGAGAGCCACUACUAUUAUGGUCAGGGAAUGAUUUGGUAAAUCCUAGAAAAAGGCCCAUCGCCGCAUGGUCGUGUAAAUGUUCUUUUCAUGUCCUAGAACCCGACAAUUUCUUGUUUUCCCCUUUUUUACCAUCGCUCUUCCCAUGUUAUUACGUUUAUGCCAUUGCAUAAACAAUAUACCUACAAAUACAUAUCCAAGAGAAUCAUAUAUUGCUUAAAAAAUAUAA